GAGAAACGAAACAGCAAGACGUUUUUUAGAGAGAGAUGAACAAUAAAAAAUGCCUUCGAAGCUGUAGAUCCUCACCUUCUCCUGCGUUUUUAUCUUCAUAGAGCUACACAUUAAAAAGGAUAAUGUCAGCACUCACCUCAACGUCGCCGCGCAAGCGCAGACGGCCACGCUAACGCGCAGCUUGUCCCACAAGAACUACUUCGCCGGGGAAUUUUCACUACCGUGGUAGUGAUAUUCAACCAAGUUCAUCGAAAGACGGAAAUCUACAGACAAAGUUCCUGCUGAAUCGACACCGCUGCUGCGCCCGCAGACCUGAGCUCUCUUCAAAUCGCGCGCCGACCAGAGAAACAAAAUGGCCGACGCGAGCAAGGCUAAGAGCUCAACAGGUACGAAUGUAUAUCAUGUUUGGGCUUUCUACAACAGGACUAAAAACUACACGAGAUACAACAACUAUCAACUACACGCUUUGCUUCAACAUCUCCUCGGCACACAUAGAGGACGGCAUGAGCCAGCUUUUCUUUUCUAAAUGCGAAACAUUUCCAAAAUUAAAAAAAAAAACCAGCUCCCGCCGAAUCCGGCGGCAAUGGCGGGGAGGCGCCGAACGGGAAUGGCAAUGGCGCCAACGGUAACGGUGCCAAUGGCCAGAUGAUAGAGCACACCGGGCAGUUAUCAAAGUGAAAAAUGCCCCCACCCCCGAAUUUGGGGGCAUUUGCAUUGCAAACCUUUUCAUUUGUAUGCAUGAAACAUCCGCCUUCUUGCAUCUAUCAGCAUCACAGAUUUCCAAUCGUGAAUAGCAAAAAUUUGUAUUGCAAGAGACCGCAGCAAAGGUGGCGCUUGUCAUGCAAGCGAUGCGAUACACGCCUAGACUCUGCAUCGGAAAGAUUCAUACUUCUUGCAUGCAUGACAAAAAGUUUUCAUUUGGAAACUUCGCAUCACAAAUUUUUGCGACUUUGGGGGCGGGGGGCAUUUUUCACUGUAAUAGCAGUUCCGAUCGGUUUUCCAGCAGAUGCACGUGAUGACCACGCACGACCUGAUGGCGAGACAAAAACACCCGUCGAACAGUAAAUACCUGACCUCCCUCGUCGCGUUCACCAUUGUGUUCAACGCCUUCAUGAUUGGGUUGGAGGUAGACACGGCAAAGUCAGACAAGCUGGAGCACACUCUGAUCUUUGUCAUCUUCGAGAUCUGCUUUCUGGCGAUCUUUCUCGCGGAAAUGAUAAUAAAACUACAACUGCUGCUAUCCAAAAAAAAAAACGUUGUUACGUGUAGAUUUGUCACGCGCAACGCGCAAAGUGAUUGAGUCUGUCAUUCUUGGCAUGCGUCAUAGGGUCCACCAAAGGGCGUUUUCCCGUACUAUCUGCGCAUGACAGGUUUUUGCUGUCAUGCCAGACAAAUUUGUAAUGCUGUUCCUCCAAAAAAAUUACACCUACAAUGUUUUUUCCUGUGAUAGCUGCAGUGGGGAUACUUCCUGGAUCCGUGGAACAUCCUGGAUUACCAUCUCGUUGUGCUCGGGUUUGUGGAUGUACUGAAUAGAUCACUUGUUUUCUUUUUUGUGAGGCUCCCGCAAAAAUGCAAUGUCAUGCAGCACAGGCUGUACUUGCCUAAUCACAACGAAUUUGUACUUUGUUAUCCCAAAAUGCAAUGAUCUUUAGCUUUGUCUACAAAUCAGAUCGUCGUGCGCUUCAUGUUUCAAGGCGAGGGUGAGAUGAAGGUGAUUACCGCAUUCCGUAUGUUGCGUAUGCUCCGUGUGGUGCGACAGAUUCGAUUGCUCAGGAUGUUCCGGGAUUUGUGGACGAUUGUGAAAGGUAUUUGAUUUAGAUUCCUAAAUUUUUGUUCGACGGAGCAACAAUUAUAGUUACACUAUGUGAUUGAAGACAAACAGCACACAGUACUUAUUUUGUUUUUGGUAGUGGUGGGUUACAACACGGUCAGAGAUCAACUUCACAAAAAAAAAAUCAAAGGUUUCUACGAAUCGCUGGUAACCGUUUUCUGGGUUUCAGUUCUACUUUUCGUCGUCUGCUACGCGAUCGGGGUGCUGUUAGUCAUCGCAGUAGGAAGUGUCAAGGAAUUCAAAAACCACUGGCCAGAUAUGGAUGUCUAUGUAGGAUCCGUGCCACGAGCCAUGCUCACCGUGUUUCAGGUAAAAAGUUUUUCUGUUUUGCUUGGGUUGGAUUUGCAAAUUAAAAGAACGUAUUAAUUCCGUCGAAAAACUAACUCUAUUCCACAUCAAUCAUCACACGACAGAUUAUCACGUUGGAAUCCUGGUCGGGGUCAAUUGUCAGGCCAAUUUACGAUAGUGAAACAUGUUUCUUCUAAUGAUUUUGACUUGUCGCUUUUCAGACGCGCAUUAUACCGUCGCGCAAGAUGUUACUCACGAUGGUAUUGUGGUGUAUGAGGUACAUUAAUAUUUUAAUCGUCUACCAUACCAUCGUGUAUUAUGUUAUGCAGCAGGCUGGAAUCAACAUCAAGAGAGAGCUUAUCAUGUGUAUUACCGUUCACGUGAAUGGUAUUCACACAUGAAAACAAGUUGAAUCACCCUCACCAAGAAGAGCAUGUUUCCCUUUCCAUACGUCCAUGAAGCAGGAUGUUUCCCUUGUCGUCCUAUGCCUCAUCGUUAUCGUUCUGUGCUCCUUUGGUCUUCUCAACGUCAUUAUCGGUGUCAUCGUCGAGCGAACCUUGCUCGUCGCAAAGGAAAACGACCAGAACGUGCAAAACAUCAUCCUCGAGUGCGAGAAGCGCGUCAUGAAUUCCAUGCGAAUCGAGUUUAUGGAGUUCGCCGACGCGAGCAGCACCGGGGAGCUGAACUUCGAGCAGUUCUGCGAAGCGAUAAGAACAAAAAGCUUCCAGUCGAAGUUGAAAAUUAUUGGGCUGCCGUUGGAGGACGUAUUUCUAUUUUCUUAGUAUUUCCUGUUUUUGUCCUGCACUAGCACUACUGAUCUAUUUUCGAGCGUGAGAACUUGAACUAUAUGAAAUAAAUUUUUUGUGAUGCGACACUAGAACCCUACCUACGGACAAAACAAAAACUAUCAGGCCGAAGAGUUGUUUUUCCUCCUCGAUGUGGACAAUUCUCAAUCUCUCUCCGUCGAUGAGUUUAUCGUGGGUGUGCAGAAGAUGAAGGGGCCCGCGCAAGGAGGCGAUAUGAUCCAACUAUUAGCGUACGUGCAGAGAGCAAGCAGAAGGGCCAUGAACUUGCAGGGACAGGCGGAUAAACUUAUUCAGCAGGCGGAUGUAUUAAAGAUUUUUUUUUUUUUAUUUUGUAUCGCUUUGUUUGUCUAAUUUGAAUUUGAUGGACUUGCGCGUAAAUGUUUUCUCGAAGAAACUGCAAAUUCUUUUGUUUCUAUCACGAAGGUAUGAUUUGUUUUUCGGCGUCGUGUCGCUCACCUUUUGCAGCCGUCACGCAAAGAUGCAUUUUUUAGGGCUUAAUACAGUGUACUCCCUCGCGUUUUGUUCUUUUGCAACUACUUUUUAUUCAUCAGCGUUUCAUUCCAAAACAAAACAUGAACCCAGAUGCUUCUCGAACGUCUCGACGAUAUGUGGGGCAUCACCGAGGCAGAGCUGCACGAGCGCGACUUUUCACGCAAGAGGCAGAAGGAUCUCAGUUCGAAGGUCGGCACGCGCCAGGGCCUGAUCAACAAUUUAGUGGUCUCCCAGAACCUGCGCGAGCAGGCGAUGCAGCAGCCGGUGAGAAAGCAGAAAACGAAAGACGUCGGCGACGCCGUGGAAGAUAGCGGCAUCCCGCCACCCCCACCGCUGCCACCGGGAAUGUAGAUUUGUAUUAAAACGCAUGGAACAAAUGGAUUUUCGAAUGAAACAGAACCUCGAUUAGGCCGCGUGCAAUUAUGUGUGAUAUCGAAAAAUCAUACCUCUUUUCGCGCAAGGAAAAGAGGAGGCUGGGGCGGUUCUUCCGUGGUUUGCAGCUCAGGCAAUCUACUCAUUUCCAAAAUUAGCUGUCCCAAUACAAUUACAUUAUCUUCUCAGAAACCUUUUUAUCAUUAGCAAAAUUUCCACAAGAAACCUCAAGAAACUCGUUUUAAUAUUCUCAGAACAGAUUCGUGAAAGCAAUGGCGCAAGAACCGCAUUGCUGGAGUAGCGGGGGCAUGAAGAAGAGACCAUGCCGAUUCGCAAAAGAUGCUGGAAGAGUAAAAUAGUGCUGCAUGAAACUACUACGGCUUUGAUUAUAGGCAAAUUAAUAAGAAAAGCAGCCCAGUGCUGUGGUAACGAAACGCGGCGCAGCUGUAAAUCACGGUAAUGCCGUCGUGCGUGGUGAUUAUUUUGAACUUCAAAUGUUUUGUACCUAUACAAUUUCAGACUUCCUUGUAACAACGUGAUGCGCUUUAUGAACUUUUUAUGAUCUUCCCUUCUGCAAAAUGUAACAACGUGCGCUCCACCCGAUGAAUUCAAUAUAAGUAUGUUAAUGCUCCCUGUAACGUCUACGUCUUCGUCUUGAUGCUUAUAUUUGUGUGGUCUUCAUCCUUUUCCUUUUCUGCUAUUACCUAGCUGCAGGUCUGUGCUGUCUAAAACGUCUUCUCCGGUCCGAUACGACAAAAACAAUGCACAGCUGCAGUAGAAUCUAGCUGCUGCAUAGUACUCAUCUAUCACCGACGGACACGGCGACCAGAAAAUAAGUUAUCAAGAGUGCCAUGGAACCGUGAGUCGACUGAAUAUGAUGCACAGAAACAAAAUCUACUUCGCCAAAGCUAGUUUAGUAGGUGUAAUUUCGAGCAACGAUAUUGAAUUGAUGAGACGGCGCAAUAUUAAAGUAAAAGCAUAAGACGACAUUUUUUCCACCAGAAAAAAAUCUCAUGUAUUUUAUGGUUUUUGAUGAUGAGUUUUCCGUUUCCCUCAUCUACUAGCGAAUCAACCAAAAUCAACGAGUUCAGAAGCAAAAAGUUGAGUUUAAAAACAGCAAACUACCCACAACUACCUGAACUUUAUUGUAGCUCUCGAUGAUUUAUUCGCCCCGUGCCCUUUGUUUCCCAGCAUCAGUGCCACGACGCAUCAGUGCGCUUAUAUUCAUCUGAAUUUUUAUAGGGCUGCAGUAAUAAAUAUCCAAGAAGAACAAGUCAGAGCAAAAGUAAAGUUCGUUGUAUCAGAGCAAAGUAAAAACGACCUCCACUGCUUUACUCACCCUUUCGACGGGAC